UUUUUCGUUCUUGUUAGACCCUGCACAAAAUGUGGCUUGAAUUUAAAUUUUUCUCAUGGUCUGUGUAUAGAGAUUUAUUCUGAAAACGUCUUCUCUGUGUACUGGUUGACGCUGCCUCCUUCUGCAAGGACAAGCGAUCGGUAUUCGGAAUAACAAACGAGCAAUUCCAACAAAAUGUUAUUUAUCCGUCCGUCACGUUGUAAGCUGAGGUUUGUGUAAAGUUGUUUAUAAGUGAAUGAGACUCAGGUAAUUAGUCGUUUUUAGCGCUGUUGCUAACUGUUGCUGUCACUGCAUCGUUGAGCUUCACGUGAAGAUAACAGUUGCAGUCAUGGUGUUUGUUCAGAGCUACUGUGAAGCAAAUUCCUCGAUCUCCCACACCUGGGUGGAUGAAGGCAUCGCCCCCUGUUUCUAUUUCACCCUGGUCCCCACCAUCUUGCUCACAAUCUCCUUCUUCCUCGGCACCAUCCACUGCAUAUGCUACCAAAGAUAUGGCACUGCAAUGGAGCCCAAGUUCAUCCCACGCUCCCGCCUCUACAUUCUCCAGCUGGCUAUCUCCUUCCUUCUCCUAGUCCAGUUCCUCAGUGGAAUGGUGUGGCAGGCUGCAAAUGAAGGGGAGCUGCCAGGUUAUGUAAUGCUCUAUGGGUGCUUUUCAGUGAUAGCCUGGACUUGGGCUAUAGCUCUGCUUAAGCUGGAGAGAGGUCGGGUCCUGGUGAUGGACCGGACAAGGGGCCACAGCACAGUUCUCCUGCUGUUCUGGGCUGGGGCAUUCUCGGUUGAAAACUUGGCCUUCAUAUCGUGGUACAGUCCUCACUGGUGGUGGGGCCUGGAAAAAGUGCAACAACAGGUGCAGUUUGCAUUUUGGGUCAUACGCUACUCUGGUACCGGGCUGCUUUUCUUCAUCGGACUCAAAGCUCCGGGGUUGCCACGCAGACCAUACAUGCUGCUCAUCAAUGAAGAUGAACGGGAUGUAGAGAACAGCAGAGAGAGACUGUUGGGCACAACAGAAGAGAACCAGUCUACCUGGCAGGAUUUUAGCAAGAAAGUGCGUUUGCUUGUUCCUUACAUGUGGCCCAGAGGCAACGUCUUCCUCCAGCUGCUGGUCUUAUUCUGCUUGAUGCUGCUGGGAGUUGAGAGGGCUGUUAAUGUGUUUGUACCAAUCUACUACAAGAAUAUUGUGAAUGAGCUGACUGAUGGGAGCAGCUGGCAGAUUCUUGCCACGACAGUGUGCAUUUAUGUCCUGCUGAAGUUCCUGCAGGGAGGAGGUGCAGGUUCAUCAGGGUUCAUCAGUAACUUGCGCUCGUUCCUCUGGAUCCGAGUGCAGCAGUUUACAAACCGCGUGGUUCAGGUGCGUCUGUUUGCCCACUUGCAUUCUCUCUCCCUGCGCUGGCAUCUGGGCCGUAAAACCGGGGAGGUGCUGAGAAGCAUCGACCGCGGCACCACCUCUAUAAACAGCUUGCUCAGCUACAUUGUGUUCAGCAUCUUCCCAACCAUCGCUGAUAUCGUCAUUUCCAUCAUCUACUUCAUCACCAAUUUCAACGCCUGGUUCGGCCUCAUUAUCUUUGUCUGCAUGACUCUGUACCUCACUCUGACCAUCAUUAUCACUGAAUGGAGAACUAAGUACAGACGAGACAUGAACCAGCAGGACAACAACGCAAAAUCCAAGGCUGUGGACUCCUUGUUAAACUUUGAGACGGUGAAGUACUACAAUGCAGAGAACUACGAGGUCAGUCGUUUUGAAGAUGCCAUCUUGAAGUAUCAGUUGUCAGAGUGGAAGACCCAGGCAUCCCUGGCCCUCCUAAACCAGACGCAGAACCUCAUCAUCGGAUCAGGUCUUCUUGCUGGGUCUCUGCUCUGUGCCUAUUUUGUGACUGAAGGAAAGUUUCAGGUUGGAGAUUUCGUUUUGUUUGGCACCUACAUUGUUCAGCUUUACACUCCACUCAACUGGUUUGGAACCUACUACAGAAUGAUCCAGACUUCUUUCAUUGACAUGGAAAGCAUGUUUAAACUUUUUGAAGAGGAGAGAGAGGUGAAAGAUGAUGUAAAUGCAGGAAAUCUCUAUGAUGUUGGAAAAGUGGAUUUUGAGAAUGUGUAUUUCAGCUACACAGACGGCAAAGAGAUUCUCAGGGACAUUUGCUUCACUGUAGAUCCAGGACAAACUGUUGCCCUGGUUGGGCCAUCGGGGUCUGGGAAAAGCACAAUCAUUCGACUCCUUUUCCGUUUCUAUGAUGUUCAGGGAGGAUGCAUUCGCAUAGAUGGCCAGGAUAUAUCAAAAGUGAAGCAGUCAUCUCUGCGAGCUCAUAUCGGUGUUGUUCCUCAGGACACUGUGCUUUUCAACGACAAUAUCCGGGACAACAUUCGCUACGGUCGCAUCUCUGCUAGCGACCAAGAAGUGGAGGAGGCAGCCAUAGCUGCUGAUAUCCACGACAAAAUCAUGACUUUCCCUGAAGGUUAUGAUACACAGGUGGGUGAAAGAGGUCUGAAGCUUAGCGGAGGUGAGAAGCAGAGGGUGGCUAUUGCCAGAACCAUCCUCAAAGCGCCACAGAUCAUCCUGCUGGAUGAAGCUACGUCCGCCCUGGACACACAGACAGAACGCAACAUCCAGACCUCACUGGCUAAAGUCUGCGCAAAUCGGACCACAAUUGUUGUAGCUCACAGGCUAUCGACCAUCAUCGGAGCAGAUCAGAUUCUGGUUAUAAGUGAAGGUCGGAUUGCCGAGCGCGGAGGACAUGACGAGCUGCUGCUAAAAGGAGGUUUGUAUACCGACAUGUGGAUGCAGCAACAACAGGCUCAAGAUUCCGACUCCUCGUCAGACACAGAAAGCAAAGACCGCAAGUCUGAGAAACUGCAGCCACCAUCGACAUCUUCAGGCCGCCAUGGCCAGUGAGAGAGAGAGAGAGAGUGUGUGUGUGUGUGUGUGUGUGUGUGUGUGUGUGUGUGUGUGUGUGUGUGUGUGUGUGUGUGUGUGUGUGUGUGUGUGUGUGUGUGUGUAUAAAUUGGUUUGAUUGUACAAAGAGUUGAUGGAGGUGUGAAAAAGUGCCUUUUCAAACCUGAUAAGAUUCGAACACUGGAAGCGUUUGUCUUUAUAACAGCAGUGCUAACUCUAAAAUUUUAAGUCGAGCAAAAAUGACAAUUUCUACAGUUGUUUAAAUAGGGGGAUUUAUAACAGUGUAUUUGUGCCAUUAUAGGUGAAAAGAAGGCGGGGGGGCAUAUAUUUUAAGGAGCGGAAAAAACUAAACUCUAAAUCUGAUGAAAAAUUAUAUUCUGAGAUUUAAAGGCUAUAAAUUUACAAAUUAUUUUGACAAAAAAACAUCUCAAUAUUUUGAGUGUUUUUGUCAUAAAUUUGCAACUUUUGUUUAUUUUUUCUUUUUAUGACUUGGUGACCUCAGAAAUGUUCCCCUCUCUCACACACACACAAAUUUAUGAUUUUAUGACAGAAAUACUCAU